AUGAGUACAAAAUCCAUUCCGACUGUCUUCAAAGACACUCCUUCGACAUCCACAAGUUUAAUUCACCAACCACCACCGACAGGAUCACAACAGAGGAAUGCAUUCUAUCAUCGACAUGCCAAAUUGAUACAAUACCUUAAAGGACUGGCUAUCCGUGUAGCCACAAUGGUGGUCGUGUUAGGUGUACUGAUUGGAAUCGGCUUGGGUCUAAUGUAUACCGAAGGCCUACCUGCAUCAGAAACCUUUUCCAACCUGGCAUUCGAUUGGAAAGUUGAUCCCAAGAGUUAUCUUUUGCCAUUCAACCAGUCAUUCGAAUACAAUGUUCUUCUCGAUGGCCAUUCACACUCGACUUAUAGUGAUGGCAAAAUGAACAUUCGACAACUUCUUGACUGGCAUAUUGCUAAUGGAUAUAAUGCAGUAAUUGUCAGUGAUCAUAAUACAGUCGAGGGUGGACUGGCGGCUGAAAAGCUGGCAUUGGCCGAGUACAAUGAAACAAUUGUGGUUAUUCCGGCCAUGGAAUACUCGUGUUGUCGGAUACACAUGAAUUUUAUAGAUAUCAAUCAGACCAUUCCUGAAGGACCUCCAGUUCCCACCGAUGAAGAGCUUAGGCAAGUGAUUGACCAAGUACACUCAUUGGGAGGACUGGUGAUUGUAAACCAUAUUCCAUGGAGCAACACAACUGAGGAUUAUUAUCAAGACGCUCGGUUACCAAACCAUCCUUCGGUCAAUGAUCUUAUUUCCUGGGGAGUCGAUGGCUUUGAAAUCGUUCACCAGGACGUUCUUGAUUACCCUACUUUGCAGGUCACCCAGACCCACAAUCUGGUCCAGAUGACCGGCACUGAUGUCCACCACCCUUCAGUUGGGGCCAACGUGUGGCUGACAGUCAAUGUAACCAAAAUGGACCGCCAGUCCAUCAUGCAGGAGAUUCGAAACAGACAUACUUCGUUUCUGCUCGACCCGGCCGGAACCCGCCAGAGGAGCUACUCUGACAGCCAGCCAAGAUCUUACAACCGACUGCUGCCUCUGACUGCGCUGGGUGGAUACUUUAGCAUGUUCUAUACGGACUACAAGGGAAUGUACAGCUUCCAUGGCACCUUUUGUCACCCCGAGAGGCUUAUUGUGCACGGUGAUCUGGUUGGCUGGUUUAUCUUUUGGGUCCUGGUUGGUCUACUGAUGUUUGAGAUCGUCAGAGGGCUCUGUUUAUUUUUGAUGGACUUUAUACACCGUAAGCGUCAUAUAAACCAUCAGGACUACCGCCAAGAAAUAUUUUAA